AUGUUCUUUACGAAGUUCCCCACACAUCCUUAUGCAUGCAUGAGGAUAGGAACAACUGGAUCUCGCCAUAGGGACUGUGCAGCUUUGAUAUCAUAUGGGUAUCUGUUGAAUUUAUUGGGUAUGACAAAUACAACAGAUGUUAUGGAUUGGGUCUUCAUUGAGCAAGUCGGCAAUGACAUCGACCGCAUGAUGAAAGAAGAAGAGGAAUUAAUGGAAACACACUCUUACUUCCCAUACCAUGUAGAUAUGAGUCUAGUAUUGAAAUCUGCUUAUUCUGCGACGGCUAAUCCUCACUUUUUCGAAUGGGUCCACAUUACCAGAGCUCUUCUAAGGACAUCUAAAUCUUGCAAUGCCCGACACAUAACAGAAUCAAGAGCAACAGAUAUCUUAGCGAAUGCCGCAUGCUUAGCGUAUGCAUAUUCUACAACAUAA